AUCAGUCUGUGCAUGUUGGACUGAGAGAGGCACUCGACUCGACCAGAGGCUGGACCGCACACGCUCUCGCUCCGCACAUCUCUAACGCUCACCCUUUUGUCUUUUCUCUCUCUGUUUGUUUUCUGUCCUGCACUCUGACCAGACCCGGGUCUCUCUUCACGGCAGAGUUCAGAAUUGCACUACAAUGUCUGCGGCGGCUUCUCUGCUGUAAGCACACAAAGGUUAUGCUGCCCAAAAGCUGUCUGAGUCCCAGUGAGAAAGAGAAGGGCUAAAGCCACACAGAUCCAAUUAAGCUAUCCAGUUUGCUCUCCAGCAGCGACUUCAGCGUGGAGCCAUGAGCAACCCCGGAGCUCCAAACAAGAUUACAGAUGCUGUGGCAUCGGUUAUUCACAGCCCAGAGGUUCCUGCUGCCUCAUCACAUGGAACUCCUCGUCCUGAAGAGGAUGACGACGGUGACCUCAACAAGGCUUUGGGCGUCCAGCGCUUCCAGCAGAUCCUGAGCCCUGCGUCUGUGAUACCUGAUGAACAGCACCACAUCUACCAUGAGGAGGAUAUUGAAUACCACCGUCACUCCUCUCACCACAUCCACCGCCCUCUGUCCAAACUGCCCAACGAGGGACGCAGGAAGAAGAGCAGCAAGAAGAGGAGGAAGGACAAAGAUCACAAAGGCAGCCAAGUUCCCAGCAGUGGCCCCAUCGACGAGGGGGAGGAUGAGGAGGAAGAAGAGGAUGAGGUGACCGAGACGACUUCGGUUCCCUCUGAGUCAGAGAAAGUCAAAGAUGUAGAGUUUUUUCUCUCAGAUGACGACCAUGUAGUCAAACGUGGCAAAGAGAGCCCUCACUCAGCCCGUGAGCUGGACGUCGUACCGCGCUCUGCAGACGGAGCGGACACCGAAGAUGCCACUUCCUCAGAUGCACCGACCUCACCCGACGUUUCCAGCCCUGCUCCUCAGUUCUUGCAACCUGAACACAUACCGCUUGCCCGGGUGUCCUCUGCCUCCCGCAGCUACGAUCUGCAGGAGCGCCGGCGCACAGGCAACAUGACGGGUGCCGAGCAGGCCAAGUACCAGCGGAUCCCUACUGACGAGAGUGAGGCUCAGACGCUGGCCUCCGCUGACCUGGAUGGCAUCAAGAGUCACCGUUUUGAAGAUGUUCCCGGUGUGCGCAGACACCUGGUCAGAAAGAGCACCAAAGGUCAAGUGGUGCAUAUCGGCAAAGACCACAAAGAGCCGACCACACGCAGCCGUAAGCAGGACCGAACCCCACAUGAGGUUUUUGUGGAGCUGAAUGAGCUGACUAUGGACAAGAACCAGGAGAUGCAGUGGAAGGAGACGGCUCGAUGGAUCAAGUUUGAGGAAGACGUGGAGGAGGAGACAGACCGCUGGGGGAAACCUCACGUGGCCUCGCUGUCUUUUCGCAGUUUGCUGGAGCUCCGAAAAACCAUCUCUCACGGUGCCGUGCUGCUGGACCUGGACCAGAAGACCCUGCCCGGCAUCGCCCACCAGGUGGUGGAGCAGAUGAUCAUUUCAGACCAGAUCAAAGCCGAGGACCGAGCCAACGUCCUGAGGGCGCUGCUGCUGAAACACAGUCACCCGAGUGAUGAGAAGGAGCACAGUAGCCCUUUCCCCAGGAACAUCUCCGCAGCCAGCCUGGGCAGUCUGAUGACGCACAACCACAGUGGCAACCACACCCAUCAGCCCGAACCGUCGGUGACUGACCCGCUCAUGGGGACCAUCCACACUUUGGGGGAAACUGAAACACGCAUCAACAUAGAAAAGAACGAUUUGCAGCAGAAGGAGCCGCCUGUGGUGUAUGGUAUGCAUCGGUCCAAAUCAAAACACGAGCUGAAGCUGCUGGAGAAGAUCCCUGAAAACGCUGAGGCUACUGUAGUCCUUGUAGGCAGCGUGGACUUCCUGGAGCAGCCCACCAUGGCGUUUGUGCGGCUGCAGGAGGCGGUGGAGCUGGAGUCUGUCCUGGAGGUCCCCGUGCCGGUCAGGUUUCUCUUCGUGCUGCUUGGACCACCCACCACCAGCAUGGACUACCACCAGAUAGGACGCUCCAUCUCUACACUCAUGUCUGACAAGCAAUUCCACGAGGCAGCCUACCUGGCAGACGACAGGCAGGACUUGCUGAACGCCAUCAACAGCUUCUUGGACUGCAGCAUCGUGCUGCCACCUUCGGAGAUGGGAGGCGACGAGCUGCUGCGCUCUGUCGCUCGCUUUCAGAAGGAGAUGCUGCGCAAGAGGGAGGAGCAGGGGGUCAAACUGCUGGCCAAGGAGCCGAAAAGCCUUGAAGAGAAAGAAGCCCUCCUCACGCCUUUAAAAAAGUCGGACGACCCUUUAAAGCGCAGAGGGCGACCCUUCGGUGGGCUGAUACGAGACGUGCAGCGCCGUUACCCAAAGUACCUCAGUGACUUCAAGGACGCCCUGAACAGUCAGUGCAUGGCUGCUGUCAUCUUCAUCUACUUUGCUGCUCUCUCUCCAGCCAUCACAUUUGGAGGCCUACUGGGUGAAAAGACAGAAGGCCUGAUUGGUGUCUCCGAGCUGAUUGUGUCCACAGCAGUGCAGGGCGUGAUCUUCUGCUUGCUCGGAGCUCAACCGCUACUCGUUGUGGGCUUCUCCGGACCACUGCUGGUCUUUGAAGAAGCCUUUUACAGCUUCUGCAAAGCGAACGAGAUCGAGUACCUGACGGGCCGCGUCUGGAUCGGAUUCUGGCUCAUCGUCAUCGUGAUCGUCACGGUGGCCUUCGAGGGAAGCUUCCUGGUCCGCUUCGUGUCCCGCUUCACCCAGGAGAUCUUCUCCUUCCUCAUCUCCCUCAUCUUCAUCUGUGAGACCUUCAUCAAGCUCGGCAGGAUUUUCAAGGAGCACCCGUUGAGACGAUGCUCCCUGGACAACAGCACGGGAGGAAAUGCCUCAGCAGAAAACCUCACGCUGGUGCCGGGCAACAACAUGUCGCCUGUGACGUUGACAGUCCAAGGGGAACCGAACACGGCGCUGCUCUCUCUGGUUCUCAUGGCCGGGACGUUCUUCAUUGCUUUCUACCUUCGCAAGUUUAAGAACAGCGCUUUCUUCCCUGGACGGUUUCGCAGGAUCAUCGGCGACUUCGGCGUACCGAUCGCCAUCCUCAUCAUGGUCCUGGUGGAUUACAGUCUAAAAGACACGUACACACAGAAACUGAGCGUUCCUUCAGGCUUCUCUGUGACGAGUCCUGACAAACGUGGCUGGUUCAUCAGUCCUCUGGGUACCAACAGUUCAUUCCCCAUCUGGAUGAUGUUUGCCUGCUGUUUGCCCGCUCUGCUGGUUUUCAUCCUCAUCUUCAUGGAGACUCAGAUCACCACCCUGAUAGUGAGUAAGAAGGAGCGGAUGUUGGUGAAGGGUUCUGGUUUCCAUCUGGACCUGCUGCUGAUCGUGGUGCUGGGCGGCAGCUCGGCCCUAUUCGGCCUUCCGUGGAUGGCGGCAGCAACCGUUCGCUCUGUGACCCACGUCAACGCCCUCACUGUCAUGAGUAAGGCGGUCGCCCCUGGAGACAAGCCUCGCAUCCAGGAGGUGAAAGAGCAGAGGGUCACUGGGCUCCUGGUGGCCAUCAUGGUUGGUAUGUCUAUUGUAAUAGGAGACCUGCUGCGUCAGAUCCCCCUGGCGGUGCUGUUUGGUAUCUUCCUCUACAUGGGUGUGAUGUCCCUGAACGGUAUCCAGCUCACAGAGCGGAUGAUGCUGCUGCUAAUGCCACCAAAGUAUCACCCUGACCACACCUACGUACGAAAGGUCCGGACUCUGCGCAUGCACCUGUUCACCUGCAUCCAGCUCGUGUGUUUGGGGGUGCUGUGGGCCGUCAUGUCCACGCAGGCGUCGCUGGCUUUCCCCUUCGUCCUCAUCCUCACCAUCCCUGUCAAGAUGUUCCUGCUGCGCCGCAUCUUCAACGUCAGAGAGAUUGCAUGUCUGGAUGCAGAUGACGCUGAGCCCAAGUUGGACGAGCGCGACUGUCACGAUGAAUACUCAGAGAUGCACAUGCCGAUGUAACCCACGUCACACCACCAUAUAACCACUGAACUCUUAGUGCAAGCUGUCUGUCGCUCUAUCCACCACCGACAUCGAGGCUUUGAAGGGUGAAACACUCACACUUUGUUUCCACAUCACUGUGCACCGCUGGACUUCUUUAAAAAAAAAAAAAAAUCACUGAGACGUGGCAGCCGGUAUGUCAGCGGUCCGGCUUGGUUGUUGGUGUAACUUUAAUGAUUUAUGUAGAAACCCGCCUAUAGAGAUCCGACAUAGUGUUCACUCAUUAUAUACUUUUUAAAAACAUAUAUUUCAGGGGACAAGAGAUUCCAAAUCGAAUGAAGUUUAAUAUGAAAUGUUAUAACAGUAGAAUCACGAGACGUAUUAAUUUUUAGCCCUGAAAGGUUGCUCUGAUUCACAUUGAAUAUGUGGAGGAUAAAUGGGAUUUAUUAUUUUAUAUUAACAUGCUGAGUUACUGCUAUACUAGCUUUUUGCUUUCUUUCUUUUUGUUCAUGUUUUAAGCUCACAAAGCGCCUUAUGAAGGAAUGAAAAGGUGUACUGAGAGGGUUGUAUUUCCCUCGUUCAGUCUAAUUUCAGACAGCUGAUCACUUUACCCGCCUCCUGAAGCUCGUAGCACUUUUUUAAAGACACCAAAUCUGAACAAUGACUGUAUUUUAUGUAAUUAUUUUAUCCGUAGUGUCUCCAUUAAUCCCUUAAAUAUCAGUGUUGCUUAAGCGUGCUUCUUAAAUGACUCUCUGUGAUUGAUUUUUUUUUUUUAGCCUGUUCUUCUCUAACCAUGCAGUUUUGGAUCAUGUUUGGGCUUUUGUCAAGUUCUGUGCCUGCAGAGGACUAGAAUCACCAGCAGAGGGAGCUCUUGCGGGAAUGUGAGGACAACAUACCAAAAAAAAAACAGAACAUGAAAUGCAUUUUUUUUUUUUAUAACACAUAUGCCACGACAUCAUGUUUAGUUUCUCAUAACGGACGUUUAGUCUAAAAUUAACACUGUUGCAUAAUAAACACAUAUGAUUAAUGUCUCCACACACGUUUAGAGCACUAAUGUACUAAUGUUGGGAUUUUUGUUUCGUAAGGUCUCACUUGGUGUGGUUGAUUUAUGGGAGUCACUGUAAUUUAUUGAGUGCCAAACGUCUGCUGUAAAUAGUUUUAUGAUCAGAAAAAUAAGCUGCAGUCCAGCCAUCUCACAUCUCCAAAUACUGACGUCAGUAGAUUAGAUUAACAAAAACCACAGUAAAAAAACAUUCCUUCUGUUAUCAUGAUCGUUCCUCCCUCUCUCUCUCUCUCUCUCUCUCUCGCUCUCUUGCUCACAAUCAUGUGAACUCGGUCGACCAAAUUUCCACACAUGCUGUGUAGACAAUCUCCAUAUUCAUGCAACACUGAUAGGGAAGGAUUUUAAAUUCACAUAUAUGUAUUUUUUUUUUCUUUUGUCUUUUUUUUGUGUCAUGUUGUAUCAGUGUGACAUGGAUUGGUUAAAGCUUUGACUGUGUCAAAUAAUUAAAACUCUCGGUCCUCUGUUACCCCCCCCCUCCCUCCCCCUCCUUGUGUGUACUUGAGACAUCAGAGCUGUCCCCUCUCAGCCCGACUGAUGCUGUAAUCUUGUGCCUGUUUGCUGUCACUAAGGCGCACUAAAUCGAAGUGCCUGUGGGACCAUGAAGUGAUCCGCUACAAGUGUGUGUGUGUUUGCAAAGACGACAAACGUGUUACGAUAGUCAGCACUUUCUAGACGCUCAUAAAUCAAACAUCUCUCUUUUUAUUUUUAUCCGUUGCAUCAUUGCCGUUUUUGAAGAUUGAAAUGGAGUUUGUCACAUACCCGUUUUCUUAUCUGCACACACAUUUUGCUGCAUCAUUGCGCUGGAAAAUGAAGGGGUGUUAGUGAGAAGUAGGCUAACCGUGUCAUUUUUGUGUUUGUUGUUGUUUUUUUGUGCCUGUGAAUGAAGUGAAGGUAGUCUGUGUAAGCCAAAGUAUCUGUCAAGAGUUGUGAAGUGCUGAUCAAACAUGUUGUUCCAUUUCAAAAGCAAUACAGUCAGAGGAGCCGACGUUCCUCUGCGCUCUAAUGGUUAAAAUAUUGAUGACAAAUAAAAGUUAUUUUCUAUUUA